GCUUGAAUCCUCAAGUAGUUCAUCUCAAUCCAUUCAACAAUCGAUUUACAAUCCAAUCAACAGAAUGAAUUUCACAAAGCUUUUCGUUGUCUUCGCUGUUGUUCUUAUUGCCUUCUCCGGUCAAAGUGAAGCUGGUUGGUGGAAGAGAGUCUUCAAGCCAGUGGAACGACUUGGUCAACGAGUUCGUGAUGCCGGUAUUCAAGGACUCGAAAUUGCUCAACAAGGAGCCAAUGUUCUGGCAACGGUUCGAGGUGGACCACCACAACAAGGAUAAAUGGACUGAAGCGUGCAUUUAAUUGUUUCUAAUUUGUGUUAAUAUAUAGUAUUUAAUUUAUUUAUUGGAAAGUGUGAGAGCAAAAUUAUGUUUGGAAAAUAAAUGAUGCUGUAAAU